AUGAGUAAGGCCUAUGACCGUGUGGAGUGGGACUUCAAGCAAAAAGUUAUGAUAAAGAUGGGAUUUGCUGACAUACGGGUAAAUUUGGUGAUGGAGUGUGUUUCUACUGUUAGUUACUCACUACUAAUCAAUGGCAUCCCUCAAGAGCUUUUCUCACCUUCUAAAGGUAUCAGGCAGGCAGAUCCUCUCUCUCCCUACCUCUUCAUUAUUUGUUCUGAAUUCCUAAACCAUAGCCUUAACCAAGCUGAACUGCAGGGCCUUAUUUAUGGAAUCCCAACUAUUCGAGGGGGCCUACAUGUGACUCACCUACUAUUUGCAGAUGACAGUCUAGUUUUCUGUAGAUCAAACCCAACUGAGUGGAAUAGACUACAGCAAGUCCUCAGCAAGUAUGAACAAGUUACUGGCCAAAGACUUAACCUUGAUAAAACUUCUAUCUUCUUUGGUAACAACACCAAGCUAGAGGUUCAAGAAACCAUCCUCUAG